CAUUAAUUGACGGGCACACCUGGCCUUUCCACGCGCCAUGCCUUCUCCCAUUCCCCCCACGCGCCUGCUACCUAAGGACCUGUUUCCGUCUGCGGACAUCUCGGUGUGCAGCAGCCCCCUCCAGCAGCGGGGCCUCGGGGCCACCCUGCAGGUGCCCCCCCAGCGGCUGCACGGGAAGCUGGGCUCGCGGCCCUGGUCCUCCGUCAUCCACUGGCAGCAGCUGCGCUGCGUGGAGGCCGUGGGCUCCGGGGGCUUCGGCUCCGUGUACAGGGCGGAGUACCUGGGCCAGACGGUGGCGCUGAAGAAGGUGAAGCGGAGGACCAAGAACCGGCUGGCCUCCAGGCAGAGCUUCUGGGCGGAGCUUAACGCCGCCCACCUGAGCCACAGGAACGUGGUGCGCGUGCUCGCCGCCAGCACGUGCGUGCCCGCGGACUUCCAGGACGAGGGCAGCAUCGGGGCCAUCGUGAUGGAGUUCGUGGGCAGCAGGAACCUGCAGCAGGUGAUCUAUGAGAGCCCGGAGCCGCUGGAGGAGGCGCGCUGCCUCCGCUUCUCCUCGGACAUGGCGGAGGCGCUGCGCUUCCUGCACGCCCACCUCCUGGUCCACCUGGACGUCAAGCCGCCCAACGUGCUGCUGUCUCCCGGGGGGGUGUGCAAGCUGGCGGACUUCGGCUGCUCCCUCCAGCUGGAGCGGGAGCGCGCGCCCAGCUCCAUCAGCCCGCUGCUGAGCCACGGCUGCGGGACCUACUCCCACCGCGCGCCGGAGCUGCUGCGGGGGCAGCCGGUCACCCCAAAGGCAGACAUCUUCUCCCUGGGCAUCACCAUGUGGCAGCUGCUUACCAGGGAGCCCCCCUACACCGGCGACAGGCAGCAUGUGCUCUACGCGGUGGUGGCGCGCGAUCUGCGGCCGUCUCUCAGCCACGCGGUGUUUGCGUCAGCGCAGGGGCGGCGGCGCGCGGAGCUGCUGGGCCGCUGCUGGAGCGCGGAGGUCCGCCGCAGGCCGAGCGCCGAGGAGCUGCUGGAGCUGCUGAGGUCCGCUUAGAGGUUCGGAUGGACUGGAUCAUGUUAGGGUUCUGUUUGGAUGUCUUCAUUGUUCUGUUUUUCAUUAAAAGGAUUUUAAAAACUGA